CGAUUUGUGUAUGUGAAUGACCUAUAAACGUGCCGUCGUAAACAACAAACAAAAUACCACAAACAACAAUAAAUAACAGCAACAACGAAAGAAAGAAAAUAUAUAAACUUUUGAUCAUGAAUGACCGUGAAAUGAGCUGCAAUACGGGCGGCCAAUUUAUGGAUCGCGGACGCAUGAACCAGAAUGGAGUUGUCCAGCCCCUAUUAACUGAUUUAUAUCAAAUAACAAUGGCCUAUGCCUACUGGAAAUCGGACAAAACGGAUGAUCAAGCCGUGUUUGAUCUAUUCUUUCGCAAUAAUCCAUUCCAUGGAGAGUUUACCAUAUUCGCGGGGCUGGAGGAGUGUCUCAAGUUUUUGGAUAGCUUUCAUUAUUCGCAGAGCGAUAUUGAAUACCUGCGUCAAACAUUGCCCGAGGGCAUUGAGAACGAAUUCUUCGAGUACUUGGGCAACCUGACAGCUCAUGAUGUUACGCUCUAUGCUAUAGAUGAGGGCACGGUGGCAUUUCCUCGCGUGCCGAUCAUAAAGCUAGAAGGACCCUUGAUAAUCGUGCAGCUGCUGGAGACAACGCUGCUCACGCUCGUCAACUAUGCCAGCUUAAUGGCGACAAAUGCAGCGCGUUAUCGCAUGGUGGCGGGCAAACACGUUAAGCUGCUGGAGUUUGGACUGCGCCGUGCGCAGGGACCGGACGGCGGACUAUCCGCAUCCAAGUAUUCCUAUACAGGUGGCUUUGAUGGCACCUCCAAUGUGCUGGCUGGCAAACUGUUUAACAUACCCGUGAAGGGCACGCAUGCGCAUGCCUAUAUCACAAGCUUCAGCAGUGUGGGCGAGCUGAAGACGCGGUUGCUGAAGCACAAGCAAACAGGCAUUAUGGAGGACUUGCUGGAGCAUGCUAUACGGCAUCGUCAAAUGCUUUCCCAUGUGCUGGAUGUAUCCACGGAGGAGUCCAGUGAGGGCGAACUAGCUGCUAUGGUCUCGUAUGCCAUUGCCUUUCCGGAUGGCUUUAUGGCGCUUGUCGACACGUACGAUGUUAAGAGCCGAGUUACAGAACAAGUCACACAAGUCUCAUACGUACAAACUGAUAACAAAUCAAGAACAACAACAGCCGCAACAGCAACAACAACAACAGCAACAAUAACGAAUGGCUUGCCGCCAACGCCGCCAGCGACGCCGCAAGCUGCAGCAGCAAAUGGCCAGCUCAGUGGACGCAAGAACAGUCUGAGCCAAACUGAGCUAACAAAUGGUCAAUCAAAUAGCACAGAGCCAGCUCAAACAGAUAUAGUCAAUGCAACAACAACAACUCCAACAAUCAACACAUCAACGUCCAAUGGGACGGCGUACCUACCAAAAUAUGUCGAGAAGUCAUUCAGAAGUGGCCUGCUAAACUUUAGCGCUGUGGCCCUGGCACUCAAUGAUUUGGGCUAUCAUGCCCUGGGCAUACGCAUUGACUCUGGCGACUUGGCCUAUUUGUCCUGCCUGGCGCGCGAGGCCUUCGAGAAGGUGGCGGAUCGCUUCAAGGUGCCCUGGUUCAACAAGCUAACUAUCGUCGCCUCCAAUGACAUCAACGAGGAUACCAUCCUGAGCCUGAAUGAGCAGGGGCACAAGAUCGAUUGCUUUGGCAUUGGCACGCACUUGGUCACCUGUCAGCGGCAGCCUGCGCUUGGCUGCGUUUACAAGCUGGUGGAGAUCAAUGGGCAGGCGCGCAUUAAGCUGAGCCAGGAUGUGGAAAAGGUGACCAUGCCGGGCAAUAAGAAUGCCUACCGUCUCUAUAGCGCCGAUGGGCAUGCUCUGAUUGAUCUGCUGCAAAAGGAUUCGGAGCUUCCGCCGGCUGUGGGCCAGAAGGUGUUGUGUCGUCAUCCGUUCCAGGAAUCGAAGCGCGCCUAUGUCAUACCCUCGCACGUCGAGUCCCUCUACAAGGUGUACUGGAAGGCGGGCAAGAUAUGCCAACAGCUGCCGACGCUGGAGCAGGUGCGCGAGAAGGUGCAAAUAUCGCUAAAAACUUUGCGCAACGAUCACAAACGCACGCUCAAUCCAACGCCCUAUAAGGUCGCCGUCAGCGAUAAUUUAUACAACUUCAUACACGAUCUGUGGCUGCAGAAUGCGCCCAUUGGCGAGCUCUCAUGAUCUAUAUAAAGAGCCUAGCUUGGCCGCCCUACGAAGCAACAAACCAAUAAUAAUUGACAACAACAAUUCCGCAAUAAAUUUAUAAUUUGUUUAGUCAUUUGCUGGUCAUAUGCAUUAACAGGAAAACAGGAAAACUUCAAUGUGCAAAAAUGUGUUUUUGUUAGCACAAACUAUAUAUAUAAACAAAUAGAGCUGCUCAUCAUUAGUACGAAUCUUAAUAAUAUAUAUAUAUAUACGUUUGUAUAUAUAUAUUCUAUAUUCUAUAUAUCUUCUAUAUACACGCACAUAUUAAUCAGGAAUGUGUCAUGUGCCUUACACCACAACUACCAAGAGGAGAAA